AUGCCCAACCUACUCAUUCUUUUCUUCAUGAUCCUGUUUCUCCUGGAGUCUGUGAUAGCAAUUAUAGAAAAUGGUUUCAUCAUCAUAGUGCUGGGCAGGGAAUGGGUGACAUGUUGGAAGCUGCCCCCUGGUGACAUGAUCCUGGCCAGCCUGGGCAUCUCCCGCCUCUUUCUACAUUGGGCAGGAAUUCUUAGCAACUUCCACACAUAUUUCUCCCCAAUUGGCAGAAGUAUAUACCUUGGCAUUUUCUGGAAUUUUGCUAAUAUGGCCACAUUCUGGAUCACUACCUGGCUUGCCAUUUUCUAUUGUGUGAAAAUUUCUUCCUUCACUCACCCAAUCUUCCUCUGGCUGAAGUGGAGGAUUUCCAGAUGGGUCCCCUGCCUACUGUUGUGUUCUCCACUGAUAUCCAUUUUGACAUGCAUCCCAUAUUUUAUAAACACCUAUCAUAUUCUCCAACUUCCAGUCUCUGGGAAUUAUUCAGAAAAGACUACUUUGGAAGAUAGGAUAUAUGGAUUGCAGAGGCAUUUCUUAUUACCUCAGAGAAUAAUUCUUUUGUUAAUUCCUUUCCUCUUUUUCCUGGUCUCCACCAUCUUGCUCAUUUCCUCCCUGUGCAGACAUUUGGGGAACAUGCAGCAACAUAAUGCUGGUUUUCUGGAUCCAAGUAUGCAGGUCUAUAUUACAACCCUGAAGUCACUUUUCUUCUUUCUCAUCCUCUAUACAUCAUACCUUCUCCCUCUGCUCAUCAGCAUCAUGAUACCACUUUCAGUUUGCAGCUCUCAGUAUUGGGUAUGGGAGGUAGUGACCUAUGCUGGCAUUUCCAUCCAUCCCGCCUUUCUGAUCCUGAAUAGCUUAAAACUGAGAAGGGCUCUGAAGAAGAUGCUUCAUGAACCACAGGCUGCUUAG